AUGGAGGUCGACCCUCCCCUCUCUCCCGAAGCCGACUACAAACAAGACACGAAGAACCUCUCUAUGACCACCCACUCCAAUGCGACCGCCGUCCGCUCUAUCGAAGGCUGGAUCAUCAUCGUCACGAACGUUCACGAGGAGGCCAGCGAAGAGGAUUUGAAUGACAAGUUUGCGGACUUCGGAGAGAUCAAGAAUCUGCAUUUGAAUCUGGAUCGCAGGACGGGUUAUGUCAAGGGCUAUGCACUCAUUGAAUACCCAACAUUGGACGAGGCUCGAGCUGCGAUUGAUGGGGCGCAUAAUACCAAGUUGUUGGAUCAGACUAUUGAGGUAGACUUCGCAUUCGUCAGACCGCCGCCAAAGGGGAAGGGAGGACGUCCACCUGCGAAAGGAAGAGCAAGAAGCCGGAGCCGUAGUCCUAUUGCUAGAGGCGAAGGCGGUGACUGA